GCGCGCCAAGGAGUUUCCCCUGGUGGUCACGUGACUUCCAUCCUAGGAUACCUGUGAAAACAGAAAAAUGGCGACUAACGGUCGUGAGGAGGAAAACACUGCUGCCGCUGCCGAUGCUGCGAUCUGGAGGCAAAGGCUGCUCAAAUGCUGGAACUUUGUCCUGGUCAACAAGUUUUUGUUCCUAAGUGUGUUGGGGGUUGCUGGUGGCUUCUGAUCCAUGGCCUGGUGAUUCUGCCAAUGGUCUUUUUCUUGUUUGUGAGGCGUAACCCCCUCCCUGUCAUGAGAGCGGUCACUUUAGUCACUGCAAUGCUGAUCUCAUCCAGCUCUGCUGCAUUGCCCCUCAUGUUUUUGUGCUGUGAGGAGAAACUGAGGAUCAAAAGAAAAGUCCCUCGCUUCAUGCUGCCCAUCUGCACCAGCACCAACAUGAACGGAAGCGUCCUUUACGAAGUGGUCGCAGUCGUUUUCAUCGCCCAGCUCAACCGCAUCAAUCUGAACUUGAGCCAGUUAAUUACCAUUGCUGUGAUGGCAGCAGCCACCAGCAUCGGCGCAGGAGGGAUCCCAGCUACAGGAGCAGUGACCACUCUCUUUGUUCUGACAGCGGUCGGCCUGCCUGCUCAGGAUGCCUCUAUUCUGGUGGCUGUAGAAUGGUUCAUGUUCCUCGUGUUACAUGGUUGCCAACGCACCACUUCUGAAAGAUCCUCUGGACUUUGACUCAAUCUGAUGAAUCAACAGGCUGACUGUACUGCAGAUAACAAACUGAUCUGACCAACUGCACAUGAGAUGGCUGUAGUUAAUGACCUCUUGUGUAAAUUAUAGUGAGUUUUAUUACCUAUACAGGCUUAUAGGAAGGCAUUCAAAUUACAUGCAUUCAUCCUCUGCCUUUAGCCAACGGGAGCUGCUUGGAAGACAGACAGUAACCUAACAACAUGCACAGCAGUGAGGGCGAGCAAAGUGCACGUCUUAAACGUUCAAGUAGCUCAAACGAGCCAAGUUUAGCACCGGAGAGCGGAUACUGUGGGUUCAACAGCAUCAAAUUACAGAGGUGUGGAUCAGAGACACAGCUGUGGCGUCUUCUGCAGCUCCACUGUAAAUACUUACACAUGGAAGUGCGUUUCACAGGCACAAACAACAUAUUUACAAUGUAUUCCGAUUACACCUCAGACUGAGAAACAGCUUUAGAUGAAGUCAGUAAGAGAACUAUGUCUUCCUGAUGUCCUGUGAACACAGUUUGUCCACAUGUUUGUGUACAAACAGACGCAAGAGAAUAUU